AUGUUGCGCAUGGUUCGGAUAACACGUGUGAUCCGCGUUGCGAGUUACAUGCCGGAAGUGAUGAUCAUCAUCAAGGGGCUGACGGUCGCGUCACGCUCGGUCUUCUUCACCUUUGUGCUCCUUCUGCUUAUAAACUAUAUCUUUGCCAUUGCAUUCCGGCAGCUGGCACAGGAUACCCCCUUGGAGAUGAGCCUUUUUCCAUCUGUUCAUGGGGCGGUGCUCAACUUGGUGGUGCAGUGCGUGAUGCCAGAUCAGGAGCCUUUUUUUCAACAGGUCUCGCGCGAGGGAGGGUGGCUGAUGGGCAUGCUUGUGCUGAUAUUCAUCCUGCUGUGCUCGCUCAUAGUUAUCAACAUGCUCAUUGGGGUAUUGGUGGAAGCUGUUCAGACCGUUUCGGACGUGGAGCACGAAGCCAUCCAGAUAGCAUUCGCGCACCUUUGCUUGAGCCAUGUUAGUUAA